AUGGCCGGUCAGAAAUCCAAGCAGGCUAAGCCCGCCAAGGUGUCCAAGAGCAAGGAGACUCCUGCUCCUCCCGCUCAACUCGUCGCCGCGAUCAGCGCUUUCCUGAGCGAAUCUGGUCUCUCUAAGACCAAGGAAGCUUUUGUCAAAGAACUAUCCAGCAAGUCGAUCGACUCUGAUGCGAAGAACGUGCCGUCCCUGCUCGAACUCUACCAGUCCUGGGAAAAAUCCUCCGAGAAGUCCUCCGGUUCUAGCUCAUCGGACAGCGAGAGCGACGAUGAGAGUGAGAGUGGAAGCGAGAGUGAUAGCGAGAGCAGUGAUAGCAGCUCCGACGAGUCCAGCGAUUCUGAUGUCGAGAUGAACGACAAGUCCGAGUCCGACAGCGACAGCGACUCCGACGAGGAGAAGGAGAAGAAGAAGCCCGCUGCCCCUGCUGCCAAGUCUCAGGGCACCAAGCGCAAGGCCGAGUCCAGCUCCUCCGAGUCUGAUUCCGAAUCUGAGUCUGAUGAGGCCCUGAAGUCGAAGAAGACCAAGGUGACUUCCGCCAAGGAGGAGUCUUCUGACUCGGACUCCUCCGACUCUGAGUCCGACUCUUCCUCUUCCUCUUCCGAGUCUGAAGUGUCCUCCGACUCCGACUCCUCUAGCGAUGACUCCAGCUCCUCUUCUGAGUCCGAUUCCGACUCUGAAUCUGACUCGGACUCUGACUCUUCCUCCGACGAGGACGACAAGAAAGCCGACAAGAAGGCCUUGAAGACUGCUACCAAGACCCCUCUACCUCCGUCCGAAUCUAGCUCCAGCGGCUCUUCCUCAUCUUCUUCCUCCGAUUCCGACACCACCGGAACCGUCAGCAACUCCGACUCUGCUGCCAAAGAGCAGUCCCAGUCUGCCCAGAUGUCCGCAUCCAGCAGCGCCAGCCCUGCUCCCGGCAACGCCCCCCAGAAGAAGAAGCACACCGGUGCUCGCCCCACUCCUCUGGCGCAGCUGAGUGAAGGCCCCACCGACCACCUCCUUUCGAACGACUACGUUCCCUACGCCUACGCCGAGAAGGCCUGGCAGGAUCUCUCGGUCACCCGCGGCAAGGGCUUCACCAAGGAGAAGAACAAGAAGAAGCGCGGCUCUUACCGUGGUGGUCCCAUCGACAUCUCGGGCGGCAAGUCUUUCAAGUUCGAUGACUAG